GGAGCCGGUGUCAAAAUCGGACGAUGGGCGUAGCAUCGCCCCCGUCCAUAUCUCGGAACUUACUUGACUGAUUUCAACCAUAUUCGGUAUGUAAUAUUACCCUGACAUUCCUACAUUACAGUGUGAAAAUAGUCGAAAUCAGACAAAAUCCACGCCCACUUCUCAUGUGAUCUUACUUACCUCACAUGCACAUAUCAUGUGCUUUCCUUUCUCUGGCUCUUUACAGCAGAACAGCUAAUAUCUCAGUUAUUUGACAACUUUGAAAUACUUAAAAGUGAAUCUGUCAUGCGUUAUUACUUUCUUUCGUUUACUGAAUGUUUAUUCUACAUAAUACAUGAGUUCGUCACGAAGAUAGUGUUAAUAGAGUACUGAUCUAUUUAGUUAUAUUUUUGGUGCUAAAUAUUUCACAUGCCCUUAGAAACAAUGAUGUAGGCGAAUUCACAGAAAUCUGUGCAGUCUAUUAGAAGAAUUGAAUGGGAGAGUGAAACACUACACCAUAUUUUCUUAAAACUCAGUAAUUUAAUACGUGAUCUCAAUUUAUCAAAAAAUUAUCGAACAGUUUUGGUCCCAUAUUGAAAGAGAGAAAUUUGUUAUGGAGAGAUUACGGUAAGUCGUGUAAAACAAGGCCUUUUUUAUGAAACAGUUUAAAUAUAUUUUUUACAUUUGAAGAAUAUUCGUUUAAAUUUUAUGGAGAAAUAUAUUAUAUAUAUAGCAUGAUGCAAUGAACGGAGUAGUUUCAAUUUCAUUUGUAAAAAGUUUCUGCAUGGAACCAUACUGGUCAAGGUCGGUAUGAUCGCUGGUCCAUGAAAAGAAAUUGUCAACUGGGAUUUAAUAAAAGAAAAGCUCAUAAAAGGCGUUUUAUUGAAAUAUUAUAUAUCAUACAUACAUAUGUUUUGAACAUUUUUCCCUCUAUUUACUUCGAUGUAUCCUUGUUUUUCAAAAUAAAACUGACGUCAAUAAUAUAUCUGUUUUGUCUCAAGUUUUCCGAUUUUUGUAAGGUAAAGUUUUAAUAAAAAUAAAUUAGAGCCAAUCUUACAAAAACCAUUGAUAAUUUCAUGAAUUGUGAGCACAAAUAUAUCCUUAUAUCGAAUUUAGUUUUACUUUAGAACCACCAAUUUUGAAAAAACCGUACGUAUAAAAUUAAUAUAAUACAAUUUGAAAAACACUUGGACAAAUGUAGAAUAUAUUAGAAAACAUAUUCUUAAUUGUCAAAUAGAAAGAAUUCAAUAAUUGAUUCCUGGAAAGUAUACACAUGUAUAUUUUUCUUCAAACAAAAAUUUUCACAAUACUCGCGUAUCGAAAUAUAUAAAUAUAUAAGCAUUUUUAAAUGGAAGCCAGAAGAGGCAAUCUUCAGGCUCUACCCAAACAGCAAUCAUCGAAAAUGCAGGUCGUAAAAACGACCAGCGAGGUGAGUCUCACACCCAGUCAGGCUGCAGAGCAGGCCAAGAUAAAUGAGAGAAAAAAUCCGUUGGAUGCAUUAAGUCGCUUAUCUUUACGACCACAAGGUGUAGAAAAACGAUCGGGUCUGCAAGAUGUUGAUGACGAAUACUUUAAAAAAAAUAUGUUUUCCCGUACACAUUUAAAUAGACAUGCGGGGCUAAAUGACUCUUAUGAGCUUCAAGGUCACACAAUUUCGAUGGCGCAAGGUGAUGUUUCCCAUACACAAUCGCAGCAGUAUCAAGGCAAACAGCCGUACAAUCUAAAUUCCACUCACGCUCAUCCAACAUCUUUGUCAGCACAACCAAUUCAACAAACAACAGAAAUUUUAUCACAGCAACAAGCUCCCAACCAUCAACCCCAAACAACUUCAGCACCAAUGCAGUUUAAAAAUCAGUUCAAAGAACCACAUUUAUCACAGCCACGAAUUGAGGUCCGAAAUCAACAAACUCAACAACAACAACCUAUACAAUCUCCUGUACCUGCUCCAGAACCGGAAUUGUGCACAACUUGCCCUAAUUGUCAAACAACGAUUUACCUUGUUCGAGGACACGAUACCAGCAGUGAGCCCGCACACGGUUAUACCUCAAACCAACAUGAUACCACUGGUAGCACAACUGCUAAUUAGCACAUUUCUUGGAUUGCGAUCGUUACUGUGCGCUCUUUCAAAAUAUGCAAUUUAUUUUUAUGUCAAGCCAAAUUUUUUUUGUUAUAUAAAUUUUUAUUGUAAAAUGUUUAAUAAAAAUUGUAGCUAUCUUUAAAAUGCACUUUUCAACCUUAA